ACAAACUCGACUGACGACACCUUAGCUUGUAAUGGAGCUCUGAGGUGAAAGGCACCAAAUCACAAAGUCAGUCUAUGCUUGGAAACAGCGUCGUCUUUGUUCUGUUUAUAAGUUUGUCGACGUAAUCGACAAACAGAAAAAAGUUAUAAUGUAAUUACUUUUUGAUCGGUGUCCGCAAGCUUCGGUCAUCGCGUUGAUGGAUCAGGAUUGGGUAUCGUUGGAAGCAUUUUUAUUUAUAUUUAAAGUCGAGAAGAGAAGAGUAAAGAGGCACCAAAAAUGGCGGAGGGUGGGGAUUUCAAGUGUAUCCCAGUAAUUGAUAUGCAAGAAUUUGAAGGUGUAGAGCAGUAUAGGAAACUGAGAGAAGCGUCCGAGGAAUGGGGUUGUUUCAGGAUCGUCAACCACAAUAUCCCUGUAGGACUGAUGACAGAAAUGAAGAAAGUGGUGAGAGAUCUGCUUGACCUUCCAAUGGAAAUCAAAAGGCGCAACACCGAUGUGAUUGCCGGCAGCGGCUACAUGGCACCAAGUGAUAAAAAUCCUCUUUAUGAGGCCUUGGGCCUCUAUGAUUUGGGAUCCCCUCAGGCUCUGCGUGACUUUUGUUCUCAGUUGGGUGCCUCUCCUCACCAAAGGGAGAUACUAGAGAUGUACGCUCAAGCAAUACAUGAUUUAGCGCUAGAUUUGGGACGAAAGUUGGCAAAAAGCAUGGGGUUGUUUAGCGAUUUGUUCAAGGAUUGGCCUUGCCAGUUUAGGAUAAACAAAUACAACUUCACUCCCGAAACUGUUGGAUCGUCUGGUGUACAAAUUCACACAGAUUCUGGGUUUCUAACUAUACUUCAAGAUGAUGAAAAUGUUGGUGGUCUUGAAGUAAUGGACAAAUCUGGUGCAUUUGUAUCGGUCCAUCCAUGGCCAGGCACCCUCGUAGUCAAUCUAGGGGACCUUGCUAAGGUAUGGAGCAAUGGAAGGUUUUGUAACUUGAAGCAUAGAGUACAGUGCCAAGAAGCUAGCAUCAGAGUGUCUAUUGCCUCUUUUCUCUUGGGACCGAAGGAGGCAGCGGUUGAAGUCCCACCGGAACUCGUGGAUGCCGAACACCCGCUUCUCUACGUCCCUGUUACUUACGAAGAUUAUAGAAAACUCAGAAUCGCAACAAAAUUGCAAGCGGGUGAAGCCCUCGAACUGAUGCGCGCCCAGACUUGAUCGAUCAUGGCAUGCAUGCAUCUUCCCCCACUACCA